AACCUCACUGUACUUCAGUAUCCCCCAUCUGCAAAAUGGAAAUCAUAUGAUCUACGAGAGGGUAGGAAGAUUCAAAUGAAUGAGUUUAUAAACUUGCUUGAAAAGUGCUUGACUGUUAUAGGCGUUAAAUAAACAAGCAAUUAUGAUUCAGCCCCAACUCCCAAAGUCAGCAGAAAUUCUCAUAAAUGAGGACAUCAGCAGAGCAAGGCAAUCAAGCCUGGAGGUCAGGGGGAUGAUGGUUCCAGGAACUAGGGGCACUGCCUGCCCAUCCCUGCCCUAGGUGGAGGGGCAUAACCAAGUCGCUUUUCAUGCAAACUUACUGGAUUUCAUUAAAAGCAUCGCAUAGCUCAGUGAUGCCAUGAGUGGACAAAUCCUUCUCCCUGUCAAUCUCAGACCAUCCCCCCCCCAGCUCCUUGAAACUUCUGCAAGUCAGGGCCAUCUCAUGCUCUGCCCCCUCCCUCUUGGCUUUCGGGUGUUACAUCCCUCCCCUGUUUCCUGUUUUUCUUCCUCCAGAAGAAGAGAUUUAGGGAGUGAGGAUCAUGAGAUGGGAAAUAAGAGCUGUGGUCCCCAGAAGUUCUGGACAUUGAGGGACAGUCGGGAAACAUGAGUGACUCCAAGGAACCGAGGGCACAGCCGCUGGGCCUCUUGGAAGAGGAAGAGCUGAUAACCAGCGGUAUGAAUUUUUUUCCAAGAGACUUUGGAUUCCGACAGACUCGAGGCUACAAGAGCUUAGCAGGAUGUCUGGGCCAUGCGCCGAUGGUGCUGCUGCUCCUCUCCUUCACGCUCUUCACUGGGCUCCUAGUGGCCAUCCUUAUCCAAGUCUCCAAGAACCCCAGCUCCCAGAGGCAGGAGCAGUCCAUGCAGGAGGAGAUCUCCCAGGAUCUGACCCAGCUGAAGGCUGCGGUGGAACGCCUGUGCCGCCCCUGUCCCUGGGAAUGGACAUUCUUCCAAGGAAACUGUUACUUCAUAUCUAACUCCCAGCGCAACUGGCACGACUCCGUCACCGCCUGCCAGGAAGUGGGAGCCCAGCUUGUCAUAAUCAAAAGUGAUGAGGAGCAGAACUUCCUACAGCUGCAGUCUUCCAGAAGCAACCGCUUGGCCUGGAUGGGACUUUCAGACCUACAUGAGGAAAACACGUGGCAAUGGGUGGAUGGCUCACCUCUGUCACCCAGCCUCAGGCAGUAUUGGAACCAAGGAGAGCCCAACAAUAUCGGGGAGGAAGACUGUGCGGAAUUUAACGGCAACGGCUGGAACGACGACAGAUGUAGUGCUGCCAAAUUCUGGAUCUGCAAAAAGUCCGCAGCCUCCUGCUCCAAGGAUGAAGGGUGGCUUCUGUCCUCCGUCUCUGCACCCCUGACUGCCCAUGCAGCGUAGCCGAACUGCACCACUCUUCAGUGAGGUUUCCUCCUCUCCAUCCUGGACCUUCACAGAGUCUCUGGGACUGUUCUCUAUCAGAUUCUUCUUCUUUCUUCUUUCUUCUUCUUCUCUUUUUUUUUUUUUU